AUGUAUGAAUAUGGUAUGGCUGCAGUUGGCGACGAUAUUCCGCUCAGUGACGGCGCGAAGCUACUCCUCGAGCGUUUGGAAGAAGACUCGGAGCAGCCGCUCUGGGUCACUGCCUGGGGCGGUACCAACAGCCUGGCGCAGGUGUUGUAUAAGAUCCACAAGGACUAUUCGUCCGAGAAAGCGGCCGAGCUGCGGUCGCGGCUUCGCGUGUAUACCAUCUCCGAUCAGGACGAUACGGGCGCUUGGAUCCGACACAACUGGCCCGACAUCUUCUAUAUUGCAUCCGUGCAUGCCUGGAACCAAUACUCCCUGGCGACCUGGACUGGAAUGUCCGGCGAUAUCCUAGAUACUUACGACAAAGGCGGACCCGACCUCUCGAAAUUCACCCGCGAAUGGAUCCGGCAGAACAUCCAGAUCGGGCCGCUGGGCAAGGUGUACCCGGAUUACGAGUACACUGUUGAAGGAGACACGCCGACAUUCUUGUAUCUGAUCCAGAACGGACUGGGUGAUCCCGAGCACCCCGAGUAUGGAUCCUGGGGCGGCCGAUACGCCCUAGUGAAUCCCAGCACUCACGGGCUGAAGUUCAACCACUAUGCAGACAUCCAGGAUACCGUGGUUGGCAAGAACAACGAGACGUUCACGUCCAACCAUGCAACGAUCUGGCGCUGGCGCAGCGCCUUCCAAAAUGAUUUCGCAGCCCGCAUGCAGUGGACCCUCACGGCGAAUGCUAGCCAGGUGAACCACCACCCCGUGCUAUCAGUCAACGGGUCGAGCGGGUUGGCUCCCGUCUCGGUGAACGCGACGGCCGGCUCGACGCUGACCCUCGAUGCCAGCGCCAGCUACGACCCCGACGGGGACCGCUUGAAGUUCCGCUGGUUCCAGUACGAAGAGGCCUCGGUGAACGAGGAGGUUCGUGGGGCGGAUGUAGCGACAAUCGACAUCAAGCCAUUCGGCAAGGGGGGUCAAAGUGUGAAGGUCCGAAUCCCGCCGGCCAACUCGUCUUGUCGGACCACCCCAGAGAUUACUUCGGAUCAUUGCCAAAUCCUGCACUUGGUUCUGGAGGUGACGGAUUCUGGAAGUCCGGCGCUGACGACCUACCAGCGCGUGUUGCUUCAAGUGGUCAGGUAA